AGCAGUUGCGCUUCUCGUCCGAAACAAAAGCUUGUAGUCUCUGCAAUGGCCGUCAAUCCCAACGAAGACACUGAAUUUAACGAUGCUUUGCGGAAGCACGGCAUCCUACCGCCGAGAGAGCCGACGCCUCCGUCGCCUUCACCUCCUCCAUCCCCUACCUUGAGUGAGAAAAUAGAUGAUCUAUCCGACUCCGAGCUGAAGGAUCUGGGGGAGGAUAUGAACGAUGAAGAAACCGGCAGGCUGAUCGAGAAGAUGAGACGGCAGCGGAUUGCGGAAAUACAGCGGCAGGCGAAGAAAGCCAGGUUCGGGAGAGUGUACCCCAUAGGACGAGACGACUAUACACGAGAGGUGACGGAAGCUAGCAAGGAGGAUGAAGAGGGCGACACGGAGGGAAAGGGUACGGGAGUCGUUUGUUUUCUCUAUAAGGAUGGCAUUCCCCGCAGCGACCGUACCUUUGAACAUAUUCGUAAUCUGGCUAGGCGAUAUCCGCGCACAAAAUUUGUGUCCAUCGUCGGGGAUAAAUGCAUUCCCAACCUGCCCGACUCUCGGAUACCUAUGCUUAUAGUAUAUAAGAAAGGCCAGAUUAUCAACCAGAUAAUUGCUUGGGCUGCCGAUAAGGAGCGCCGACUGGAGGAACUGGAAGCUAUAUUGAUGCUUUGCGGAGCGAUCAUCCCCGAGCUACCCUCAGCAGAGGAGAAGCACAAGGACGACAAGGGUUCAGACGCUGAAGAUGAGGACGACGAUGACGACGAUGGACCUUCGUCCAGAAUGAAGUCUCGAGUAACAAUGACCAACAAGUCCUCGAAGAACGUACGAAGGCAGGAGGAAGAUUCCGACUCGGAUUUUGAUCUAUAGAAUCAGCUAAACCUGGUUCUACAAGGCUCAACAUUGUUUGGACGUACUAAUAUCCGCCGUGUGAAGCAGUAAUUGUAGCAUUAUUCUUAUGAAGCAGUGGACUUGUCUCAGUGGUUGGCACUGCUUGCAGAUCAGCUUGUGGCUCGUUCGGAC